AUGGCUCUCACAUUUCUCCAAAUAGCAUCGGCUGAAAGUUGCCCUUGCGUCUGCUCCAAUAUCAUCCGCUUAGGUUGCAAACUGUCACCUUAUCAUCCCCACUUUUCUUCGUGCUCCCAACCUAGAGCAGUUUCCGCCCUUCCCCCCCCUCAGCUGCAAACCGACACCAUAGCAUACCCACGUUUCCACGUGCUCCCAUCCUAA